AUGGACGACUUGCAAGAGGACGUACAAAUGGAUACGCAGGAGAUGGAUAUUGAAAGCCCACCCGAAGAAGUCUUCAUGGCGCCUUCGAUACACAAGGACGACAUUCUUGCUGGAAGGUCAUACUCGCACUUUUCGCCCAUUCCCCAGCAAAUUGCAGACGACAUGUCCACAGAAGUCGUCCUCGGCGUGGAUGAAGCCGGUCGCGGGCCCGUCCUAGGCCCUAUGGUCUAUGCCCUCUUCUACCUCCCUCUCUCCCUCCAUCACUCUCUCCUCGCAGACACACACCACUUCAACGACUCCAAGGUCCUCACCGCCGACUUCCGCACAUCCCUCAUGCGCACCCUUUGCACGCCCUCGACCGACCUGCACGCCGCCGCCGGCUGGGCAACGCGCUCCCUCUCCGCACAAGACAUUUCCGCCCACAUGCUCUCACCUUCCGUUUACAACCUCAACGCGCAGGCCAUGGAUGCCACCAUCGACCUGAUUAAAGGCGUGUUGGAGAAAGGAGUAAACGUAACCGACAUCUACAUUGACACCAUUGGCAAACCAGAGAUAUACCAGAAGAAACUCGAGCGGAUAUGGCCGACGAUACGCAUCACCGUGGCUAAAAAGGCGGAUAGCUUGUACCCCGUUGUCAGCGCUGCAUCUGUGUGUGCAAAAGUCACGCGAGACGCGGCAUUAGAGGUUGGUUAUGGAAAAUACCAUGACCAUGACCACAGCCACAGCCAGAGCAGCAGUACCGAUGUACUCAAUGCACAAACACAAACACAGGAUCCAGUAAAAGCCACAGUAUCAUGGGGAUCCGGAUAUCCAUCCGACCCCCGCACACAGGCCUGGCUCAAACAGAACAUGGACCCGGUCUUUGGCUGGGGCACAGAGUGUCGCCAUUCGUGGGGCACAGCCAAGGAAUUGCUCGAGGGGAAGAAGGCGGAUGUAGGUGUGGAGUGGCCGGUAGAGGACGAGGGGGAUGAUAUGCGCUUGACAGAUUUCUUUGUGGGUAAGGGGGAAGGGAGGGGGGAUGAGUUGGCGGACUGGUUCGGGAAGAGAGUUACGUGUGAGAUGGAGGUGUUUUGA